AAGUCAAGUUGGUGUGUCUCGUCAAACGGGCCACACAGUUUUGUUGGUUGCUGUGCGUUGUGAGCAGAGGUGGACACUGCUGGCCGUUCCGUCCAGCGCCGAAGUGACGCUUUCCGCCAGCAACGCGUGUAGACGUUCUUUGUGGAAUCUCUUGUGUUAUUUGGACGCUCCUACGGACCCCGGAAUAGUGCGGUCCGCAGCGCAGCCGCGCAUUGUGUCGGAGCAGUUAGGUUGGAGUCCGAGUUUGUCCCCGCCGGUCCCUCCCAGCGCCACCAUAGUAGUGGACACGGAAGGCAGGGCGUCGUCCUCCCUGCUCUUCGGGGGCGGACUGACCACUGCUAAUCACUCCCCCUCUCUUCGUAAGGGCUUCGGCUCGCCGCAAGCCGGCCAGUACCGACUGCACAGUCAGCAAGCUGGCACGCCUAACGGGAACCACGCGCACUCGGGCCGCGCAAACCCAAGCCCUCCGAGCCAGCUCAACAACGGCCAAUCCUAUAACAGCAGUUCGCUACAGCAACAACAGGCUUCAACGGGCGCCGCCAUCAUCAAUUCUUCUUCAAAUCAUCCCAACAGCAACAACAACAAUAGCAACAACGGCCACUUUCAGCAUAGCAGAGAUCGAGAUAGCAACAACUCCCAGACGUCGGCAGGUACUAACCAUCACCAUGUCUCGGCGAGAAACGGUCCCGGCCUCCGCUGGUCCCAGCACGCUACCGGCGCGCAGGUCGGCGGCCCGGGAGCUAACCACUUAUCUAACCAGCCCUCCUUCAUAACCAAUGGACUCAGCAGCAACGCAUCCAUCGGCAGCAGCAGCAGCAGCAGCAGCAACAGCUUAUCGAACAGUAACGCCUAUAACAACAACCUCAGCAACAACAACUCAUCCAGCGGCAGUGGCCUCGGAGGCGGUAACAGCGGCGGAAGCAACCCCCGAAGCAGCUCCAACAGCAGUCCAACAGGCGGACUUGGUAUCGCGAACGGAGGUGGCGGCGGUGGUCGGCCAGGUGUCGGCUCUGGCUCUGGGGGUUCUGGCGGUCCUAACACGCCCCGUUUUAAGGCGGGCCUAACCUUGCUAGCCAGCCAGGACCAGGACGCCAACCUUGUGUUCCGCAAGGUGCGCGGCAUCCUUAACAAGCUUACUCCCGAAAACUUCGACAAGCUCUCGCGAGAUCUACUCAAUGUCGGACUUGACUCUACCUACGUUCUUAAAGGUGUGAUCCUGCUAAUCUUCGAGAAGGCUCUCGAUGAAGCGAAGUACAGUUUGAUGUACGCGUCGCUCUGCAAGACGCUUUGUGAACAUGCGCCAAAUUUUGACCCCCCGCCAGCCAACACCUUCCGCCGACUUCUACUUGCCAAGUGUCAGGAUGAGUUCGACAACCGUAAGCGGGCGCUGCAAGAUGCGCCGGCGAACAGUGAGCAGCGGACAAUUGCCAAACACAAGAUGCUCGGGAAUAUGCGACUCAUUGGCGAGCUCGGGAAGCUCGGCUUACUUCACGAAAAGAUUCUACACGAGUGCCUGCAGACGCUUCUGCGAGGCAAACGUCAGGAAGACGUGGACCUCGAGUGUCUAUGCCAUAUGGUGCGCACCGUUGGUGCUCGGCUGGAUACCGCCAAGGGCCGCCCCUUGGUCGACCAGUACUUCGAGAGGAUGGUCAAGCUAUAUAGUCAGGAGGGCCUCUCUUCACGAAUCAAGUUCAUGCUGCAGGAUGUGUGCGAGCUGAGACGCGACGGCUGGAUGCCCCGUCGACGGGCAAUUGGAAAUCUUCAACAGCCAACGACACUGGCGCACAUUCGCAACCAGGUGAUGCCCCCACCGCCGCCACACGUCCGCCAUUCGCAGCCGCUUCAGGGUCACUCUGGCGCCGGACACGACCAUCCGCUGCACGGACGCGGCCCACAUGGCCCGCAUCGCCAUCGUGACAACGCGAUGAAUCCACUCGGCAACCCUCACGACGACAUAUUUAACACGCCUGUUGCCCCCCUCAAGAAGUCCAUCGUGUCUUCGACUGGCCCAGCCACCAACGACUACUUCGACCUGUUCGACACUAGCAAGCCCACGUCAAUGAUGGGCUCGACGGGCCGUGAUAACCGCGACCGUGAUAAUCGCUCGAGUCACGGGCGUUUCGGCGGAGGCCAUAGCGGCAUCCAUAAUGGUCAUCAUAAUCAUCGUGAUGGUGGCCCCGGCCACCGCGACGGACCGUUCAACAAUCACAACGGCCCGAGGAACAACAAUCAGGGAGGAAAUGUUGGCCUGCACAUUCCAGCACGGUUGCUUAAAAAACCCCUGCCACAACAGGUGGAAGAGAUGAGUCUGCGGCCUCACGCCGCGCCAUCAUUACUCAAGCCUAAAGUUAUGCCCCCGCCGGGCGCCCAGCUGCUUGGCGGUAACGCACUCAGCUCAUUGUCCCACCCGCUGAGUGCGCACUCGAGCCCGUCGACGCUCCAAGCUGUGUCGGUCAAGCCGACGGUUGCGGCUGCUCCGCUGCCAGUCAAAACCGAAACCAAGCCGCGCGCCACGAAAGCAGAGUUUCUCGAGAAGGUUCAGCGUCUCCUAGAUGAACACAAGUCCAACCCGGAUAUGGCAUGCGACGAAUUCGCCAAGCUGGACAUCCCCAAGAAGUUCGUGAACGAAAUCCUCGUGGCCGUUAGCCAAGAUGUUAUGAAGGAGGAGGAUCCAGUUUCGAUAGACAUCUUGGAGCAGCUGGUAACUCGCUUUGCGCCCAAUGGCGCCGCCGACACGCUGGCCCCAGUAAUGCUCAAGUUGCCAGCAACCAAGCGUGCGGGUCAGCUUGCCGCCGAACUGGUGGCGCGUCUGCUACAUAGCGGUACGCUUGAUCUUGCCGACGUCGCUCAGUGGACAGACGUCACGAGUGUGUCAGAUGACAGUGCUCCGUGGAUCUUGACCGUGCUGCAGCUGUUGCUGGCCCGUGAAGGUGAAGAAGCACUGGCAGCCCGUUGUCGUGGCGUGAGCUUGCUGCCGCAUCUGCCGCCAGCGGCGCGUAACAAGGAUGAGCUAGCUGCGCUGCUUGAACGACACGGGCUGGCGUGCUUGCAGUUGCUUAGCGUUCGGUUGGAACGCCAGAUGGCCGGGUGCCUUCCGUCGGUGGAAGCACUUAAAGCGUUCCUUGAGGGGCUCGACGAUACGACCCGACAGAGUCCGGAGUUUGUGCUAGCGCUGGUUACGGCCGCAUUGCGCAGUGCUUCUUCCUCCAAUAAUGGUGACCAGGCUGCCGAACUGACAGCACUGCGAGCCCUCUGCCCUCAGCUGCGUAGCUAUUGUGCUAAACAACAGGGAAUGUGGGCACUGUAUGCUGCCCAGGAACUGUGGGCAACAAUGAACUGCCCUCGUGGAGUGCUAUUGCAAUGGUUCAACCUGUUCUACGAAGAAGACAUCGUUGAAGAAGCCGAAUUCAUGCGUUGGAAAGAGGAUGUGGAGCAUACAAACAUGUUCGCCUGCAAGGGUCAGGCGCUCUUCCAAUUGAAUUCGUGGCUUACUUGGCUUCAGGAGGCCGAAGACGAAGAGGAAGACGAAGCCGAUGAGUAAAAAAGCGAUGAUGGAUGAACAACGACUAAUAACUUAAUACAACUAAUAACCGAAGCUAAACCUAAACCUAUAGCGAAUAGGCGACGAACGAGGUGAAGAAAGACAAAGGAAUGCUGAAGUGAUAGUUGAAAAAGGUAAUGAAGAGGACGAUGACGAUGACGACGACGACGGCGACGACGACGACGACGGCGGCGACGACGACGACGACGACGACGACGACGGCGACGACGGCGACGACGACGACGACGACGGCGACGAGAAGAAAAAGGAAAGGAAGGGGGAGAACCAUAUGGAAACAACGGGGAUGGUGGAGAAACAAAAGACAAAACAAAAGUCUUAAAGCAGAAGAUGUAGACGAAGGAGGAGACGGGGCAUUCCGAUUUAAUUGAACCGAGAACUAAACAACGCUGGUGUGUAAGCACCACGAUUCUAAAAGUUAAUCAAACGAAGAAUAGAAGAGAAUAUGGCGAAAUAUGAAGACGACGAAAAAGCCGUUAAAGUAUGUAGACCAUCCUAGUAACAAAAAGCCAGAACAACAACAAUAAUAAUAACAAAGAAAGCUGAAGGGAAAAUUCAAGUCCUGAGGCAAUCAAUGAAUUUCAUUCAAUUUCUGAUGUGAGGCGAAGCUGCUAGUGACAAGAUGGUAGAAGAAAGGCGCAAUAAAAGGCGAAGAAGACAUUGAAAAAGAACUAAUUGCGCGAAAAAUAGUCGAUGGCGUAAGCGAAUGAAAGAUAGAAGGUGAUGCUGAAAAAAAGUUGCGAGAGGUGACGAAGGCAAGGCAAAAGCUAGAAAGUUGUAGUUGAAGGAGGAUGAUGAUGAAAAUAAUAAUAAUAAUAAUAAUAAUUGAGAAAUACUUAAAUAGCGCAAGCGUUCUAGGAGCAACAGAAGCAGUUUGUCCAAAUAGAAAAAUAACCAAAAUAAACAACAGAAAGAAAUAUCUAGUUGUUAUAAUUCAAACAGGGAUUCGGGCGCAGAAGAUAACGAAAUUUAAAACAAUCAAAUCUUACCGUUGAAAAUGAUGAUAAUAUUAUUAUUUAAUUUUUCCUCUACUACGAAUCCAAGCGCGCUCAAGUAAAAAUUUCGCAUGACAGAAUGAAGCCAUUAUUACUAUUAAUUUUACCUUAUUACUAGAUAAGGAGCUUAUUAUGCAAAUGUUUAUAUUCAAUUUCCCUCUUUGAGUAUUGCCAUUAAAAAUAUUUCAUUUACUUGAAAUCUGAUUGUUUUGUUUGUCUACUCAUUCGUCUAUGUACCUCAUUUUCUACUAAUCUGUCCCUGUUCGUUUUUUAGUUAUUUCAGUCAUCGGCCACUACCUGAUUGUUGUUUCUGGCUUGGUUCAUUGUCUCCAUUUUGUUUGUGCCAGAUACAAUUCUAGUUGGUACCGAUGUUUUGAACAAAACAUCUGUCUUCUGCGCCUAGAAUUCUACUUGAACUACGACUGUCUUCUAAUUAGGUUUUUUACUUGUGUUAACUGCUUUAUCUGCUUCUAGAACGUUGACGCUGUUCAGUUAAAUAUUUUUCUGGUGACAAUUUUAAUUAUAAUUAAUAUUAUCAUCCUUUGAACACAACUUUUUUUUUAACACUUAUUGCUUCUUACCGUUAUCAUCAAACAGAAAUCUAGGUGCAGAAGAUAGCGAUUAAUGAUAUCACUAUUACAGAGUGAAUUAAAUUGUAUUAGGCGCGACAAACGAAAAUGCGACAGUAAAUCUAGUUGAUAACUAAAAAGAACUAUAAGCAGAUGAUGCUAAAUAACUAGAAAAUCGAGCAAGGAUAGACAAGUCGAAAAUGGGUAAAACGGUAUAGAAGGUUCAUAAGGCACACAAAAAUCAUGGGUACAUUACGCGGAAAAUGAAAUAGCAAGUAAAACGAAUCCAGCCGCACAUCUCGUAAUGAGACUAACAAGGAUUAAAAAUAAUAAAUGGAUCCAUUUAUUAAACUUUAA